GACAGUCAGAAAAGAUCUCUCUUUCUUCAAAAAUGUACGACAGUUGAAACUGUUUCUCAGUAAUCUUUACUGUCAGAAAUUGCAAUUUCGUCGUCUCUGCCAAGAGAAGGAAAGAAACAGUGAAUGGCUUCUGUUUCCCCACAUCAAGACCUUGAUCCCCAGCCUGGCCCGUCUACGCUCGCCGGCAGCUGCCCCGGCUCCUCCGGCGAGAUUGUUCCCAAGAUCCAGCUGAAACUCGAACCGUUCGACGAUUUCGCGCAAGCAGAACUCCAAUCCCCUGCUUCUUUCCCAAACCCUAGUCCCACACCCAAUUCAUGGUCGAAUUCGAAUUCGGGUUUCUGUCUCUCCCCUCGUCCCCGACCGGAUGGUAAUAGCACGGGGCCAAAUGUACAUAGCGAGGGAGAUGCAUGCCCGGAGUACUCUAAAGUUUCUGAGAUGUUUCGCACUGCAUUAGCAAAGAAGAUGGGGAAGUACGGAGAUGUGGAGGUUAUGGAUGACCCAGAUUCGCAAGCAAUUGUAGCUGUUAAUGAAGACGGGCAGCUUUCGGAUACGGUCAUUGAAAGGAGGAAGUAUCAGCAGCGUUCUUCUGAGCUGGUAAGGAUCACGGAUCUUAACCAGGAAGAUGAGAGGUAUUUCCGUGGUGUUGUUUGCCGGACUAGAAUGUUAUAUGAUUCAAUACGUACACUUGCGCUAUUGGAGGAUGAGAAGAACCAGAUAUAUGGGCCUUGCAGGAAGAGUAGGGGGGACUUGAAGGCCGCACAGGUAUUGAGGGAGAAGGGACUCUGGCUGAAUCGCGAUAAGCGCAUAGUGGGUUCCAUCCCUGGGGUGUACAUUGGAGAUGUGUUCUUCUUCCGAAUGGAAUUGUGCGUGGUUGGAUUACAUGGUCAGGUCCAAGCAGGAAUUGACUAUCUUCCUGCAAUACAUAGCUCAAAUGGGGAGCCAAUUGCCACUAGUGUUAUAGUCUCUGGGGGAUACGAGGAUGAUAUGGAUUCAGGGGAUGUGAUAAUCUAUACUGGGCAAGGGGGGCAGGACAAGAACGCGCGCCAAUGUGUUAGCCAGAAGCUUGGAGCUGGGAACUUGGCAUUGGAGAGGAGCAUGUAUUAUGGGAUUGAGGUAAGGGUAAUCCGCGGCUUCAAAUACGAGGGCACUGCUAGUGGGAAAGUUUAUGUUUAUGAUGGGUUAUAUCGAAUUGUUGACUUUUGGGAUGAAGUGGGCAAGUCCGGGUUCGGAGUGCUCAAGUAUAAACUGGUAAGGAUUGAGGGUCAACCCGAAAUGGGAAGUACCAUUUUGAGAUUCGCAGAGACCCUUAGGGCCCAACCAUUGGUUGCAAGGCCAAGAGGGUAUCUCAGUCUUGAUAUCUCAGGGAAGAAAGAGAAUGUGCCGGUUCUUUUAUACAAUGACAUAGAUGCAGAUCAAGACCCUAUUUAUUAUGAUUAUCUGUUGAAGACUGUAUUCCCACCACAUGUAUUCCACCAUGUUGGGUCCCACACGGGGUGUGAUUGUGUCAACGGGUGUUUCGGCAAUUGCGUGUGUGCAAUGAGAAACGGUGGCGACUUUGCAUAUGACAACAAUGGCAUCUUGUUGAGGGGGAAACCGCUGAUAUUCGAAUGUGGGCCGUAUUGUCAUUGUCCAGUGUCUUGUCGGAAUAGGGUGAGUCAAAAAGGUGUGAAGAACAGAUUCGAAGUGUUCCGUUCAACAGAGACUGGAUGGGGAGUUAGGUCGCUGGACCUGAUCCAAGCCGGUUCUUUUAUUUGUGAAUAUGCAGGCAUUGUGCUCACAAAGGAGCAAGAAGAGAUCUUCAAAAUGAGUGGCGAUAGCUUGAUAUAUCCUCGGCGUUUUUCAGAGAGAUGGGCAGAAUGGGGAGAUCUCUCUCAAGUGUACCCCGACUAUGUGUGCCCAUCAUAUCCUUCAAUUCCACCUAUAGAUUUUGCAAUGGAUGUAUCUAAAAUGAGGAAUCUAGCAUGCUACAUGAGCCAUAGUUCCAGUCCUAAUGUUUUUGUGCAACCAGUGCUCCAUGAUCAUAAUUACGUCUGCUUUCCUCGCCUUAUGCUCUUUGCAAUGGAGAACAUUCCUCCCUUACAGGAACUUAGCAUUGACUAUGGUGUUUCUGAUGACUUGGAAAAGCUUGCCAUCUGCAACUGAGGUAUGCGAGAGUAGGUGCAGUUUUGAAUGUGAUUGGACUGGCUUUAUUUGCCCGUGAUUACUAAGUGUAUGUCUUGCUUUAAUGGAUGCUGAGAAAGUAAGUUUAUCAUGCCAUCUGAGACUGAGACUGUAACUCCCUGCUGCUUGUCAAGACACCACUGAAGACCGAAGGUUUGGCCUCUGUUUCCCAUUAAAUUAAGAAAUGUGCUGGGCAAUGGGUAUGAUUUUGCCAGCACCCCCCUAUUAAAUUGGAAAAUGCUAAAAUGACCCCAACUCUCACCACAUCUUCCACCCCCACCUUCUUACAGACAUCAAUGGGUGUCUUAGGAUUUCUGUGAGAAGCUCGUCCAUGUCAGAUUAGUGUCACUCCUUCCCUCUCUUAAGUCCCAACUUUUUUGGGUGGUUUCAUAUUAUUGGUUCCCUUCUCUCUUUCUUUUUUGUGGAAAAAAGCACAUUCAAAAAAUUACCCACCCCAACCCACCUUUUCUUUACCCAUGUUUUCUUCCUUUUACCUCACUUUUUACAUUUUCACUCCACCUUUUCAUUUCCCACCUCACCUUUCAAAAAUUUACCCCCCACACCUUCACCUUCUCUUCAUCCCUAGGGUCCCCACGACCGGACCGGCCGAAAAGUUACCUGGGAGGAGGUAGUAAUUUGAGCUGAAGUAUCAAAGUAUAUUGAGAAACUGGGGCAGUACUUUUAUCUGCAAGUUCACUCAAAUCACCUGAUUUAUUUCCUUACCCUAUAUACAUAUCCCUAUCAUUGCUCAAUCAGGAGUACAUUAUAUUAUGUACAGUUUGUAUCAUUUCUAUGAUUCUAUCAACUCAUUUUUUUAUUGUGUCUACUUGUAAGUUUGCAGGGAAAGAACCUUUCUUUCUCAAGUUUCUUUUGUACACAUUGAAACUGGAGUAUGAAUAUGGUAUACUGAGUAGUAAUAGACAGUUAUUUAUGAAUGAAUGAAGUAGCAAUUA